AUGACUCCUGGACCAGAGCAUCCAAUGGGUACAGACCAUACAAGAAGGAUCAACGCUGAUCUUGCAUCAUUGCACACGCAACACAGCUACAUCGUCCAUCAGUUUCCACAACCCACAUGGAUCGAGAACAUCGCCGUGCGUGAUAAUGGCCAACUACUCGUCACUCUGCUCCUCACAGCGGACCUCUAUCUCAUAGAUCCCGUUCUCUCUGCCAUCAGCCCCUCCUCAAACGCUACCGCAAAACGGAUCCAUAAUUUCGCGCCCAACAAGAGCAUAUUGGGCAUCACCGAAGUGGAACAAGACCAUUUCUAUAUCAUAGCCAGCAACAUCACUGUCUCCCCCUUUGUUGUGAACCCUGGUGCUGCUGUGUAUUCCGUUGACCUUACACAAUACAACUCCCUCACGAACGAGGGAGCUGUGGUCAAUAAAACCACGGAUCUGCCCACAGCGGGCCUUUUGAACGGGAUGGCGACACUAGAUGCCUCGAAGGGCUUGGUGAUUAUGACCGACUCGUUUCAAGGCGCUAUCUACGUUCUCAAUGUGCAUACUGGCGAAUACAGUAUCCUGUUACAGGAACCCGAGAUGGCUCCACCACCUUCUGCGGGCGGGCUAGGCGUCAAUGGGGUCAAAGUCUUGGCCAGUAAUGGGACGGACGUGUAUAUCUAUUUCGACAACACGGGUCAAUCGCUCUUCUGUCGUAUCCCGUUCUCCUUAUCGUCGUUGCAGAAGACCGGCCCGGUCGAGAUACUUGAGUCAGGCUACAGUGCAGAUGACUUCGCGUUGGAUCCGGCGGGGGGCUUCGCAUACAUGGCUGAUGGGAACACGAAUUCCAUCAAUCGCAUCCCGCUUGCUGGAGGACCAGUGACGACCGUCUUGGGCGGCGCCAAUGAAACGAUUGUGGAGGGCCCGACGAGCGUUGCUAUGGGCAGAGGUACGAAUGAGUUUGUCAAGUAUAUUACUACUGAUGGUGGAUUGAUAGCACCUAUUAAUGGGACGUUCAAGGAGGGCGGGAGAGUAGUUGCCCUUAUUUAA